AUGCUUGGUGCUCUCCGCAAACUCGCGGUGGGUGCUCUCGCUACGGCCGCAGCCCUCUCAGGCGUGGCCAGCGGCGGCCCUCUUGCCGAGCGCGCCUCUGACCGUCUCGUCUUUUGCCAUUUCAUGAUUGGCAUCGUGGGCGACCGCACGUCGGCCAACGACUACGACGAUGACAUGCGCCGGGCCAAGGCGGCCGGCAUCGACGCCUUUGCGCUCAACAUUGGUGUCGACGGCUACACGGACCAGCAGCUGGGCUACGCGUACGACUCGGCGGCGCGCAACGACAUGAAGGUCUUCAUCUCGUUCGACUUCAACUGGUGGAGCCCCGGGGACGCCGGCGGCGUCGGCAGCAAGAUCAAGCAGUACAAGGACAAGCCCGCGCAGCUGCGCGUCGACAACCGCGUCUUUGUCUCGUCGUUUGCCGGCGACGGCCUCGACGUUGACGGCAUGCGCAAUGCCGCGGGCGAAAACGUCUACUUUGUGCCCAACUUCCACCCGGGCCAGUCGGGCGCGGACAAGAUUGACGGCGCGCUCAACUGGAUGGGCUGGCCGAGCGACGGCAACAACAAGGCGCCCAAGAGCGGCCACAGCGUGUCCGUUGCCGACGGCGACAGCGCCUACCAGAGCUGGCUUGGAGGCAAGACGUACCUCGCGCCCGUCUCGCCCUGGUUCUUCACCCACUUUGGGCCCGAGGUCCCGUUCAGCAAGAACUGGGUCUUCCCCGGCGGCUCGCUCCUGUUUGACCGCUGGAACGAGGUGCUGCAAAAGGGCUUCCCCAUGGUCGAGAUUGUCACCUGGAACGACUACGGCGAGUCGCACUACAUCGGGCCGCUGAGCUCUCCUCACUACGACGACGGCAACUCCAAGUGGACCAACGACAUGCCCCACGACGGCUGGCUGGACCUCUCCAAGCCCUUCAUCAAGGCGUACAAAGCCGGCGCCAAGUCUGUCGACAACUUCAUCGACAACGAGCAGAUUGUGUACUGGUACCGCCGCACGCUCGCCUCGCUCGACUGCGACGCCACCGACACCACGUCUGGCCGGCCCGCCAACAACGCCUCGGGCAACUACUUCGAGGGCCGUCCGGACGGCUGGCAGACGAUGCCCGACGUCGUCUACGUCGCCUCGUUCCUCAAGUCCGCCGGCACCAUCACCGUGACGUCGGGCGGCCAGACGAGGACCGAAAACGCGCCCGCCGGCGCCCACAUCUUCACCGUGCCCGCCGGCGUCGGCCAGCAAAAGUUUGGCCUCGUCCGCGGCGGCGCCACCGUCAUGCAGGAGACGUCGCUCAUGGACAUCUCCAACGUCUGCCCCUGCGGCCUGUACAACUUCAACGCCUACGUCGGCACCGUCCCGCACGGGCCCAGCGAUCCCCUCGGCGGCGACGGCCUCGCCUCUCUCACCAUCGGCCUACACGUCAGCACCUGCCAGGCCAAGCCCUCCCUCGGCACCAACCCGCCCGUCACGAGCAACCCGGGCAACCCCAGCACCACGCCGACCUCGACGCCGGGGAACCCUCCUCCGACGUCGUCUUCCCACGGCAACCCCCCGCCCACGUCGUCGUCGUCGCCGCCCCCCGGCCAGGUCUGCAUCGAGGGCACCGUGGCCGACGGCGAGAGCGGCAACUACACCGGCCUCUGCCAGUUCAGCUGCAACUACGGCUACUGCCCUCCGGGUCCGUGCAAGUGCACCCGCUACGGCAAGCAGGUCAGCCCGCCGCCGGAGACGGGCACCCGUGGAUGUCCUCUCCAGGGUGAGCCGGAUGGCUACAAGGGCCUGUGCAGCUACACUUGCAACCACGGCUACUGCCCCAACUCGGCUUGCCGUUCGUGUUAG